AAAGGCGUCGUGACGAGCAGGCCUGGGCACCAGCUAUUGGGGAUGCGGGGUCACGUGGGCCGGCGGGGCGGGGAGUCCAGAGUCCGGGACGGGGCGCGAUGGCGGCAGAGCAGGACCCCGAGGGGCGCGCGGCGGCGCGGCCGCUGCUCACCGACCUGUACCAGGUCACCAUGGCGCUGGGCUACUGGCGCGCGGGCCGGGCGCGCGACCCCGCCGAGUUCGAGCUCUUCUUCCGCCAGUGCCCGUUCGGCGGCGCCUUCGCGCUGGCCGCGGGGCUGCGCGACUGCGUGCGCUUCCUGCGCGCCUUCCACCUGCGCGACGCAGACGUGCAGUUCCUGGCCUCGGUGUUGCCCCCAGACACCGACCCCGCGUUCUUCGAGCACCUCCGGGCCCUUGACUGCUCCGGGGUGACGGUGCGGGCCCUGCCCGAGGGCUCCCUCGCCUUCCCCGGCGUGCCGCUGCUGCAGGUGUCGGGGCCGCUGCUGGUGGUGCAGCUGCUGGAGACGCCCCUCCUCUGCCUGGUCAGCUACGCCAGCCUCAUUGCUACCAACGCGGCGCGGCUCCGCCUGAUCGCAGGGCCUGAGAAACGGCUGCUAGAAAUGGGGUUGCGGCGUGCGCAGGGCCCCGACGGGGGUCUCACGGCCUCCACCUACAGCUACCUGGGGGGCUUUGACGGCAGCAGCAACAUGCUGGCAGGACAGCUGCGGGGCGUGCCGGUGGUGGGAACCCUGGCGCAUUCCUUCGUCACUUCCUUUUCUGGCACUGAGGUGCCUCCGGACCCGAUGUUGGCUCCGGCUGCUGGUCAGGGCCCCAGGGUGGACCUGGCCACCCGUGUGGAGCAGUGGCUGGAACGCGUGUGCGCCCACCUGGGGCUGGGGGUGCAGGAUCCACACCCCGGGGAGCGGGCGGCCUUUGUGGCCUAUGCCCUGGCCUUCCCCCGGGCCUUCCAGGGCCUGCUGGACACCUACAGCGUGAGGAGAAGCGGACUUCCCAACUUCCUGGCGGUGGCCCUGGCUCUGGGGGAGCUGGGCUACCCGGCUGUGGGCGUGCGGCUGGACAGCGGGGACCUGCUGCAGCAGGCCCAGGAGAUCCGGGCGCUGUUCCGGACCGCGGCGGCCCAGUUCCAGGCACCCUGGCUGGAGUCAGUCCCCAUCGCUGUCAGCAACAACAUUGAUGAGAAGGAGCUGGCCCGGCUGACGCAGCAGGGCAGCGAAGUGGACGUCAUUGGCAUUGGCACCAGCGUGGUCACCUGCCCCCGCCAGCCUUCCCUGGGCUGCGUCUACAAGCUGGUGUCCGUGGGAGGCCAGCCUCGGAUGAAGCUGACCGAGGACCCCGAGAAGCAGACCUUGCCCGGGAGCAAGGCCGCCUUCCGGCUCCUGGGCUCCGAUGGGUCUCCGCUGCUGGACCUGCUGCAACUGGCGGAGGAGCCGGCGCCCCAGGCCGGCCAGGAGCUGAGGGUCUGGCCUCGAGGGGCCCAGGAGGCCUGUACCGUGAGGCCGGCCCACGUGGAGCCACUCCUGCGACUCUGGGUCCAGCGGGGGCAGCUGUGCGAGCCCCUCCCAUCUCUGGCCGAAUCCAGAGCCUUCGCCCAGCGGUCCCUGAGCCGGCUCAGCCCCGCCCACAGGCGGCUGGAGCUGCCCGCCGGGUACCAGGUGGCGCUGUCGGAGCAGCUGCGGGCCCUGGUGCGGAGGCUGAGCGCCGGAGCCUCCGGGUGAGAGCCCGGGGAGCUGCCAGAAGUUAACACGAGUCACUCACUGCCCCACAACGUGUCACGUGUCUU